GGCUUUUGGCUUCGACCGGCUUCGAUCAAUAAACAAAUCGUACAAUCAAGCCGCAUAGGCUGGAUGGUUCGCGUUGCUUCUUCGCCGCCGUUGACACUACCGGAGCAAAGCUCUUCGCCAUGAAUAUCGGACGUGCCAAUAUGUGGCACGAGGCGAGGAAGCAGGAGCGGAAGAUUCGCGGCAUGCUGGUGGAUUUGAAAAAGAGGGCCGAGCGAAGGAAGGAGUUCUACGAACGAAUCAAACAAGACCCGGCCCAGUUCCUGCAGCUGCACGGUCGACGAUGCAAGAUCCACAUCGACCUGGCGAUUGCCCAGGCAGCCGACAGCCCGGCCACCAUGAUGCCAUGGCAGGGCCACCCAGACAUCAUGAUCGACCGGUUCGACGUGCGGGCUCACUUGGACACAAUUCCAGAGUACAAGUCUCCGGUCAAACCUCUUCCGCUCUCAAACGACCAGCGGGAGGAGGAAAGACAGAUCAACUACGAGAGGUACCGGACGCUCGUGCAGAACGACUUCCUCGGAGUGUCCGAGGACAAGUUCUUGCACCAAAUCUUCCUGGAGGAGCGGUAUGGCCCCGUCGGGAGGCCCGUGGGAACCACGGAAGAGGAGAAGAAGAAGCUGGCCGAGAAGAAGGCUGCGAUUGGCUACGUCUAUGAAGACAGCACGCCGGUGACGUCCACGUCCGCCGCCGGGCAGAAUGAGGAUGAGGAGGAAGAGGACAAAGAGGACCUCAGCGACAUCGACCUGGACAUCACCAUCGACGUGAACGAGCUGAACGACGACCAGGCGAGAGAGAUGAAUGCGAACUCAGUCCUGUAUGGCAUGGAGGAUACGGACUUCAUCUCGUUUCUGCAUCUGGACAAAGAAGAGCAGGAGCGGCUGAAGCAAGCCAGAGAGCUCGAAGAGGAAAAAGCCAUGUACUCGGGGAGGAAGUCUCGGAGAGAGAGGAGAGCUCUGAGAGAGAAGAAACUGAAGAACCGCGUAGUCACCAGCCCACCCAGUUAUGCAGCGAGGGAGAGUCCAACUUACAAGCCUUUCAGGGCCCAGUCCAGCUCUCGUUCGAGGUCGCGGUCUCCACAAAACGCGGGCGAGAUCACCUUCAUCACCAGUUUCGGCGGCGAAGCCUCCGAGGACGAAGACGCCACGGGGACCAAGAAGGCGGCGGUGAAACCGGCCGCCACUGCAGCUAGCACCACAAAAGCCUCGUCCAACAACGCGCCCAAGGCGGCUUCCACUUCGAAGGGGGCCGGCAGGCAGGACAACAGCAGCUCGUCCAAAUCAAAACCCAGGGAGAGGUCACGGUCUCGAGGCCGCUACAACAGCUCGACCCGGUCCUCAAACCAUGGCAGAGGGGCUCGGCCUUCGCGCUGGGGUUCGUCCAGCUCCAGGUCAAGGUCGCGCUCAAGGUCGUCGUCGAGGGGGAGGAGGGACAAAAGGAGGAGAAGGAGCCGCAGCUGGGAAAGGUCGUACAGGACGCAGCGCCGAGGCACUCGGCCCUCUCCGAGGUCGAGGUCGAGGUCGCGACAGCGGAACAGCAGGUGGAGGUCACCAAGCCGCUCAAGGUCGAGAUCGAGGUCGAGGCGCCGGGGCUCCCGCCGGCGGUCGUCCUCUUCCCCGCCCAAGGGCCGGCGUUCGCCGUCUCCUCCGAAGAGGCUGCCGAGCCCUCCCCGCAAGUCCUACUACCGGCACAGUCUGUCGAGGUCGCGCUCGAAGUCGCCCAGCAGCGAGGCGGAGCGCAAGUCGGGGACCAGCGAGGACGACAACAGCGAGAGCUCCCGGGGUCAGGCGGGGGCAGGUGGCGCCAACGGGGUGCGUCGCACCUGGCCCGCAGCCGAUGCGCUGAAAACCAACGUCUCUGUGGGUAAACCCGGUCCUGCCUCCAAAGGCGGCGCUCCGUCGGGUCUGACACCGCGGGAGAAGCUGAAGCGCAAGAUGCAGGCUGCCCUCAACAAGCAAUACAAAGCCGACAAAAGGGCUGAACGUGAAAAGCAGGACAAGAUUCUGCAAGAACGCUGGGACCGAGCCGAAGAGCUUCGGGGCAUGGCGAUGCGCAUGCGGCAGAGGGACCGGAGAGGCCGAGAUAAAGACGACUACGACUACGACCCCGAAGACGGCCGGGAAGGCUACUCGAGCCGCUCAGCAAGCCGAUCCCCCAGCCGCAGCCGAAGUCGCAGCGCGGAGCCGAGGCCACCCGGCGAGUCGCCGCCGUCGUAUGCGGGCACGUCGUCGCGGAAUCCGUCGCACUACCCGAGGCGGAGGAGUCGAUCCAGAUCGCGCUCUCCUCCACCCGACUACUACCGCUCCAGGCCAGCACAGUCUUCUUCGUCGUCGUCGUGGUCUUCGAGGAACAUUGUGGACUAUUGAAGGACCAUCCAAGGAGCAGCAGCAUCCCUUUGCGGAGCGUGAAAGCUAUCGUUGUGUGGGGUAGGGGAAAAUGGCAUUUUGGGGAGGGUUCUUUUCUUGGGAAGUUGGGGGGGAGAGGGAGGGAGGGAGGGGGGGAGGAGGAGGGGAAAGGGCCAUCUGUUGAAGUUCCCCUACUUUGUAAUGUUAGAACUUGUGUACGUCUGCGACUUGAAAGACUGUUCAGUGAGGACGUGAAACGGCAUCUUGCGUUGUUGUACGGUGAAAUUAAAGGUGAAGUGGAGAUUACUGGA